UUGUAGGCACGGCGCAUGCGCAAUAACCCCACACGUGCACGUCCAUAGUUGUGAUUUUCAUGUACUCGUGUUACGAAUAAGUUUGUGGAUUAUAAAGACUUCUGCCUUUUCUUUGACGUCUCGGGUUUUGCCCCAAGAUGACUAGUCUGGCGGCUAAAUACGAUUAUUUGGAGAAAUAUGCAAGUAAAGUGGUCUCAUCUCAGCAGGCUGAACCCAGAAAACGUCCUUAUGUUCCAUACAAAGGGGGCAGUGAAGAUGGGCCUUCUAAAAAGAAGAACAAACAGAAGCAGACACAAGGAGGGCAGAAGAAUAAACAACCUGCUGCCAAGACUAACAAGAAACCAAACACCAAUGCAACACAGAAGAAAUUCAAUGUUGUUGACUCAGAAACUCCUAAGAAUAACUUUGUAACCCCAUCAUCUAGCAAAUCAUCACAAGAAGCAGAAACGCCAAAGUUUUUCGCACGAGACAUAUUACGUCAACGACUCCAUCAGAAAAUUGAGGAAAAUCGCAAACAGGGCCCUGUUGUAGACCCUUCCUCAGAAGAGGUCAAGAAGAGACGGGAGAGGCGGAAACAAGAGAGGGAGCGCAAGAAGAGGAAAAAGAAAGAGUUCCGAGCCAAACAGCUGGCAGCCAAAGCUGCUGCAGAGAAUGGGGACAACGAGGAAGACGCAGCGAAGGAGGCAAAGCCUGCUCCGACCACAGUCAGCACACCAGGCCAAAGGGACACCACCUCCGUGGUGUUCAGCAAGGUGGAGGUGGGCGAGGAGUACGUGGAGAAGUCCGUCCGCCAGAAGGAGAAGCGGAAACAGGUGAAGGGAGGCAUGACGCCCCUGACGGGCAAGAACUACAAGCAGCUGCUGAGCCGCGUGCAGGCCAGGAACGCCAAGCUGGAGGAGCUGCGGGAGAAGGACCCGGCCAAGGCCCAGAAGGAAGAGGAGAAGAUGAAGUGGACCAACCUGCUGUACAAGGCAGAGGGCCUGAAGAUCAAGGACAACGAGGACAUGCUGAAGGCCUCGCUGAAGAAGAAGGAGCAGAGGAAGUCGCAGGUCAAGAAGAAGUGGACGGAGAGGAGCCAAAACGUGCUGGAGAAGAUGCAGCACCGGCAGGACAAGAGACGCAAGAACCUCCAGAGGAGGAAGCAGGGCAAGGUCGAGACUCGUAAACAGAAAGCCCGCAAGAAGGGCCGCGUUCUGCCAGAGGAUCUCAAGAAGGCUAAAGUCUAGAGGAAUAAUGUUAAGGGGGGCAAGUUAAAGAUAUGCGCAGGAGAUUAUGGAACUGGUUAAUAAGACUGGCUGUCUAACCUUGUGAGUUUAAAAGACUCUAACAUCAUGGGGGAAGACUGUUCCUGUGCGCUCUGUGGCUUAUGACUAAAGAGAUGCAUUUAUAGACUGUUGUAAUGUUGUAUGAAUGUUAUAAAAUAAUUUUCAUAUA